CUGCCCAAGACCGAUCUGAGCUCACUUUCACACACACACACACACACACACACACAAACACUGCCCAACUUUCGCCCCAAUGUUCCCAUGAGUAUUCCUCUGGUCUUUGAACACAAUCGAGUGUUUCCCAUGUCCUUGAGUCGUCAUUGUACACCUGGGGCUUCGCGCUGCUCAGCCAGCCAAGCCAUCCACCCACCAAUCCGAACUCGACCACCUCAAAUCGCCGCCCGCCUCCAAAGAGAUGGAUCCAUCCCAUCUCUUCCUUCCAAGCAGAUAUCACACUCAGCGCCCAAACCAACUCUCUCGGCGCUGGGUCGGUUUGGAUGUUUCGGACAGCGAGACGGGAGCGACACAGCCCUUGUAUGGCCCGGGUGGCCCGUUAGCAACGUGCCUUUUCGUUACAUCUGCCAUCCUCCCCGACUUUCCCAUUCCAAACCCUUGUCACGUUCUCCCCCCUUUCCCCCUUCCUUUCUUCCUGAUCGAGUUGUGUCGGAUUCUGUCGAGUCGCUGAGUUUGCAAACCGCACUCUUUUCCCCCCGUCCUCGUCGCCCCUGGUUCCCUGGUUCCUAGGAGCCGUCCGUUGGUUCGCGUUUUCUUCCUUUUGCGACAACAACCGCCCGCGGGACGACAAAAAGAACGCUGCUUUGCCUUUCCCUCCCUUUCUCCCUCUCUCUCUUCGAGAAUUUUGACAAAUACUCUAUGACGAGUUCAGAGCCCGAUCGCGCAUCGCAUCAAGGACACGAGCUUUUUGUCAAAAGUAUAG